AUGCCGCAAGAGUCGAAGAAACAAGGCCGGGAAGACGAUAACGCUGCCACUUCUCUUUUGGCAGAGGUGCUCGCAGGAACAAAUCUCGAGGCACAUAAUCCAGACGAUCAAGACGUCGACUCGCUCAAGUCCCGAAAUUACGGGCUACAGCAACUACUCGUUAAGCUCUUUGCCGAGAAUGAAGUCCUACGAACGCAAAACGCAUGCCUUGAUGAAAGCUACAAGCAGCUAGAAGAGCGAUAUCAAGAGUUGUGUACCAAAUACGUCAAAGUCGGUGGAAAGUACAAGAAAUAUAAAGCCAAAUGGGAUAAAGUUCAGAGCAGUGCUUCACCCAAGAGUGAACAGAAGCAGAGUCGGUCCAAGGUGAAGGAAUCGCAGGUACAAGACACGGAAGAGGAGCAUAGUCAACCAGAGGACGAGGAAGUUGUUGCUGCUCUAAUUGCAGAUACGAAUGAAAUGCGUCAAUCUCGAUUUGCCCUCAAGAGGCCAUUGCUCCUUGCAUCGAAUGAUCCUACACCUGUCAAGAAUGUUCAAGGUAUCGCAGCCCACGACAAUGACUUUCUGAAAAUGUCGACGCUAGGUGAUAAGCGAUACUUUGCACCCUCGCCGGUCAAGAAAAGUGGACAGGGUAGCCAGCCCGCGCGGGCACUCGUCGCCCAGAGAGCUCGUUCAGCGUCUCCCCAGAAGCGCCGUAACAUGUCACCAGAGAAGGCUAAUGCUACUCCAGCUAAACCAAGGUGGCAUUGA